CUCGUGUAGUCUGUUGUUUCGUUAAUGUCCGUGAAUUGAGCGCGUGCGCGCUCGCACUCUAGCUCCAUCAAAAUAAUACGUUUGAAAAUUACCAUCCGUAACCGUAACGUCGCCACGGAAGAUUAAAAAAGAAAAAAAUUCGCUCGUUUUUUAUUAGUAAAUAUCGAAUUUCGAAUCACCUAAUAAAUUAAAAUUUAACAUUACUGUAAAAAAAAGAAAUUAGAAAAAAAACUUGAAAAAUAUUUUGUUCACCAAAUUGCUGCAUCGUAAAAAGUCACUAAGGACUACAUUUGUUGUCAUAGGUGUUUUUUUACGUCAAACGAUUCGAACACAACUUUUCCCUACCGUAUUGUUAUACAAAUUAUAAUAUGUAAUACUAUAUGUUAGAUAAAGUAUUUAAAUCUAAAUGUUCAACACCGUUUAAAGUUGGCGCUAUAAAAUCGGUCGUAUCGCCACCUGCACCGCGUUAUCUAUCUGCCUGGGGCUGGUGCGCGUGAAGAGUAAAUAUUGAAAAACGCGUCGUUUAUCGCAGUUGUCCUGUCACUGCUACAACAACUGCCAUCACCACCGCCGCCAUUAAUUGAUAAUGACUGGUAGUCGCGCAUAAGAUGCUCAUCGCCGACGGUUAGUCAGAGGAAAACAGCUGUAAUGUCCAGAAGGAAACAGAGCAACCCGAAGCCGCUAAAACCUGGCGAAGAUAGCGAAUGGACCACAAAUGAUGAAGUGGUUGGCGGUAGCGAUGCGACAGCAAAAUGUGAGGUAAAGACAGAACAGCAACAACCGUCGCCGUCAUCGCGACCUGAACCGGAAGACCCACCACCCGCCAAUGACGUGCAACCAACGUUAAGACUUAAUACGAAUUUAGCCACUGAUCCAGCCAGAUGGUCGCUUGCAGACAAGCCGUCACCGCCACAGCCUCCACUGCCACCACCGCCACCACCAUCAGUGACAGUAACGGCGGCUGCAGCCGCGUCAUCUUCGGAAUCGUCGUCUUCGUCGUCUUCGUCGUCUUCACUGUCAUCGUCGGCGAUCGGUGAGCCUACUCACAACGUAGUCACUAUUACCGCACCUAGAGCAAUUCAAAUAUUCAUUUGCAACCCGUGCGGGAUACGAUUCAGUUCGCUGAGCACGCUGGACGCCCAUCAAACGUACUAUUGUUCACGCAGACACAAAAAAGAUUCAGAAUCGGACGAUGUGAAGUUGCCGAUUGUUAUCGAGCCGGACGAGAUGACCCUAGGCAACGACACAGAUAGCCGUCCGUCGUCCGUCGAACCGAACUCAAAAUCGAUGAGAACGGGAAAACAGUACAAGUGCCCUCACUGUUCAUAUAGCGCCGAUAAAAAAGUGAGUCUAAACAGACACAUGCGCAUGCAUUCCAUAUCACCGGUGUUGGUGCAAUCGCCGCCGUGUCCGUCGGACAAUGCUGACCCGUCGGUGGUGGACCGAUACUGCCAGAACUGUGACAUCAGGUUCUCUAACCUGCGUACGUACCAGGCGCAUAAGACGCACUACUGUAACACGCGGCACGUGGUCAAACCAACCCCGUCCAGCUCGCCUAUGCCUAACAACCCGUCGCCCACUGGCGUGGUGCCCACUUACCUGGCACUGCCCACCAAUCCGGUCAUCGUAGUUCCUUACACACUCGUACAAAAUGCAAGCGUCCUGUCCGCACUAUCGGCAGAGAUAGGCCCGUCCCCGCCUACCGACACCGCUUGCAUCGUCCUGUCCGACGGCACACUUCAGCCCAUUGCCCAGGCACUGGUGCCCACCAAAUUCAAUAUGAUCGCCAACAGCGAAAAUAUACAGAGAGACCACUCGCAGUCUCCACCGGAAGAAUAUUUUUCGCCACCCAAAAAAGCAGAGUCCGUCAGCCCGGAGACGAAAAUGAGACCGGCAGCGCAACCGUCGUCGCCGCUCGACUUGCGACUGAAGCGCGUGGCAAAGUCCUCGCAGGACGCCGCUGGCUGCACGGACGGCGAAGAGGAAAAGGAGAACAGACGGAGCGACGGUAACAUAACGGACGCCGAGGACAUAGUGUGCGCGCCGUCCAUUCCGUGCAUGAUACUGUCGCCGUCGUCUUCUCCGACGUCCGGUGGCGGCGGCGACGGUGGUGGUAACAAGACGCCACAACACCGGCCCGGAGCGUACCACCACCACAAUCAGCAACUGCAGCAGCACCACCACCAGCAACAACAACAACAGCAACAACAACAACAACAACAGCAACAGCAACAGCUGCAACAACAGCACCACCAUCGCAACCACAACCCGCUGCCGCUGCAACCACCGACUAACGGCAUGGUGCAGCAUUGCGGCAAGCCCGUUCCCGUAACGGCCGUGUACGACGGCACCGACCGAAACGGUGGAAAGUUCAGCGUGUCUAGCCUGUUGUACGCGUCGAGUGGCCGGCUGCAGGAUGGCGUCAAACAGGAACCGGUCAACAACGGUGAGCCACCGCAUCUCGCGAUGCACCAAAUGCCGGCUGCGCAUCACAGGUUCAGCGCGAUGCACAAAUCGCUAUUGUCCUCGGCCGUUGCGGCCCCAAUGCCACCCGGCGUUCAGCCGCGUGGUCUCGGUGAACUCCUCAGCGCGGCCCCCGUGUUGCCGUACUUCACACCCGACAUGACGCUCCGACUAACUUCGAAUUCGACACAGGACGGCGGCGGCAUGCCGCCCGCGCACCAUCAGUUCUACUUGAAACAGGGCCCGUCCAAGUGCGAGAGCUGCAACAUCGUGUUCUGCAAGUACGAGAAUUUCCUGGCGCACAAGAAACACUACUGCGCGUCCCGCCCACCACCGGAUGGCGGGGACGGCGACGCGGACAAGACGAGCCCCGAAGGAUCGCCCGGGCCAAAGCCGCUGACGGUGUCGUCACCGCAGUCGUCCAAGGACAGCGUAAGCCCCACGCCGGUGCUCAAGCCACCCAUGAUCCAGUUCAUAUGCUCCACGUGCGGCGUCAAAUUCUCAUCGUUCGAUAACCUCACCACGCAUCAGACUUUCUACUGCCCGAACAGGACUGCCGUGGCGCUGCAGGAACCGGUUGACAAUAAGGCGACUCUGCUUGCACCGCCGUUAAAAUGUCCAAAGUGCAAAAUGACCAUUGACGGGACACACCAUCACCAGUGUCAGCCAGUUAACUGUUGGAAGUGUCCAGUGUGCGGCGCCGUGUGCUCGAGUGCAUCGGCCGCCCAAAAACAUUUGGACAACCAUAACGGUAUAAGGGCGUUCGUGUGCACUAUCUGCCAGUACAAGGGCAACACGCUUAGGGGUCUCAGAACGCAUAUUCGUAUGCACUUUAACAAGCGUAUGAUUCCGGAUCUCAUGGAAGAAGAUUACGUGACGUGUCUGAUCGACGAGAACUCUGCGUCAUCGAUGGUUGACGGACGUGCCAAAACGCCGACGACUUCAGAGUCCGCGGACAAGCCGUCAGUGCCGUCGACCGUCCUUGUUAAGACUACCACCGCCACCUCGUCUUUGUCUUCGUCGUCGCCGUCGCCUUCGUCGUCUCUGUCGUCGUCCACUGCCGCGGCCGCCAUCGUCGUCGUGGACGACGAGCCAAAAGAGCUGGUCGUCGUCAAGCAGGAAUCGGUCAACGGCGUGGCCGCGCCGUCGGCGGACGAGUCGGCCACCGCAGGCGGUUACCGUCAACAGCGCGAACAGCCGGCCACCGCGCCCGACGACCCGGUACAGCAACAACUCGCGGCGCCGCAGCCGCAACUCCAACUGCAAAACGCCGGCAACAGGCGGCCCGGCAUCACCGCGAAAUACUGCAAGGCGUGCGACAUAUCGUUCAACUAUCUGUCCACGUUCAUCGCGCACAAAAAGUACUACUGCCGGAACAGCACCGAGUACAAGUGCAACACGGAAAACGCCAAGGCGGCCACCGUCACUUAGGUGACGCGCGACGCGCGACCGACCGAUAAAUCCUACGAUUGUCGUAUUACAUUUUUUAUCAUAUUAUUAUUAUUUUUAUUAUAUUAUUAUAAUUAUUAUUAUUAUUAUAUUAUUAUUAUUAUUAUCAUCAUUUAUCAUUAUUCGGGAACGUACGCAUGUGCUUAAAACUUGCCGACGACCGCGAUCCUAUAAAAAAUAUACAACAUGACAACGACGAACAACUCGUCGCAAACUGGACCCAUAAACAGUUGUCACUGGCGAAACACGACGACUCCAUUAUUCUUCGUGCGCACUUCCGAAUAAUAAUAUAUUAACUAUUAUUAUUAUUACGACGAUGAAAAUGAUUAUUAUUAUUAUUAUCUAUGUGUUUACUAUAACAUAUAAUAUCUAAAUUUUAUAAUAUACCGUUUCCGUGUGUGCCGCGUCGAUACGUAUGCGAUAUGGCAUAUUAUUAUACUAGAAUCGAUCGCGUUUUGACUUUUAAUAUAUUUAUAAAUUAUGUAUCUUUUUUUUUCUUUUUUUUUUUUAACCAAAUAAUUAAACAAUUUAUUAAAGAGGUAUCAUUUCCAAACGUUGUUUUCAUAUAUAUAUAUAUUGUAUUUGUUUUGUUUCUUUAUUUACUAUUAUUCGCAUUAUUAUUAUUAUUAUUAUUACUAUUUUAUUUCAUCAUUAUUUUUAGUUAAUAUUGUUCAGAGUAAUCAACACCUAUA